AUGAAUGUAGACAUUGUUAAAUACACCAAAGAUAAUUGGGAAUCUUUAAGACACGAAUGGGAACCUUACGCUAAAAGAGAUACGUUAUGUCUCGGGGCUUGUUUGAUAAAAUACAAUCAAGCCAUGAAAGAAACUGUCUUCCAAAACGUUUCAAAUAAUCUAACGGCUCCUUCUUUAUCUUUAAAGGGUUGGUAUUAUUUAUAUCAUUACGAUAAAGAAAUGGUUGAAGAAGAAUGGUAUGAAACUACUAGAAUGGUUCCGAAACACAUUGAAAAAGAAAAAAUAGAAAAAGUUUAUUCACAUACUCAUCCUUUUAUAAGAUAUUUUAUCAGACAAUCCAUUAAAGGAGGAAGAGUUUCUGCUAACAGAAAAUCAUUUGAAACGAAUAAAAUGGAUGAGAUUUGCACCAUUUUAAAGGAGUAUCUAGAAAGUGACACUGAAGGAAUAAUAGAUUUAUUCAAAGAAUACAGUGCUAGCACGAAAGAUAAAACGGAAGUUCACGCUAAACUCAAAGAGCUGAACUAUUCUAAACUGAUGGCAUUUGACGCUCUGGGUUGUACGCCUCUGCUAUGA